AUGAUUAUGUUCAUUGUUCUUCUAUCUGCUUCAUUAGCCGGAUGUCAUGCUGGAAUAACGACUGGUCGUGCCAAUCAUGAAAUUUACACUAGCAAGAUAACAUUGGUAUUGAGCAAUUCAUCUGCUGUUUCUAAAUUAUCAAUAAAUAAUACAGUUAAUACUACUUAUCAAUUGAUGAAUAUGACACAAGAUAAUAUAACGGAAUUCUCCGUAUUAAAUUUUGUUUCAUCAAAAGUAUCUGAUGCAAAGCAUUUAUCUAAAUCGAUUUCUGCUAAACAUAUAGUAAUAAUUGUUGUGAGUAUUCUUGGAUUUAUUUGCUUAAUUGGUAUGUGUCGAUGUCGUUCAAAAAAAUCCAAAAAAAAACCAGUCGGCUAUUGGAAAACUCCCAAUAUAUGGGUUCCACAUACACACAAGAUAUAA